AGUAUGUUUAUUAAGCAGCAGGUGGAGGGAUGGUGGAGCAGCUGACCGGCGAGCAGCAGCAGGAGGAGGAGGAGGAGGUGCCGGCAGAAAGGCAGGCAAGAGGACAAGCGGGUGUUCUGCUGCUUUCUGACCGACAUUCAGUCGACUUGAGCGGACAGAGACGAGAGAGGGUGCCCCCCCUCAGCUACCAGCCACCUUUUUGGGGAGAGGGCGAGCAAGCAGGCGGCUUAGCUCACACAUUCGCUGGAGGGAAACGGCAGUUUUUAAAUGUCUUCCUGCACUUAAAAUCAAACUAGUGUUAAUUAAUUUCGACAUUUAAAAAUGUCCAUAUUACCCUUCACGCCUCCGAUCGUGAAGAGGCUGCUCGGUUGGAAGAAGGGCGAGCAGAACGGCCAGGAGGAGAAAUGGUGCGAAAAGGCUGUGAAAAGUCUGGUGAAGAAGUUGAAGAAGACGGGACAAUUGGAGGAGUUGGAAAAGGCCAUCACGACACAGAAUGUCAACACGGAAUGUUUAACGAUACCGAGGUCACUAGACGGUCGACUCCAGGUCUCGCACAGAAAAGGUCUCCCUCAUGUCAUCUACUGCCGCUUAUGGCGCUGGCCCGACCUGCAGUCCCACCACGAGCUGAGGGCCGUCGACCACUGUGAAUACGCCUUCCAUACAAAGAAAGAUGAAGUGUGCGUGAACCCUUAUCACUACCAGAGAGUGGAGACGCCAAUUUUGCCCCCUGUCCUAGUUCCAAGACAUACAGAUAUCCCUGCUGAGUUCCCACCGCUGGAUGACUAUAGUCCUUCCAUCCCUGAGAACACCAACUUCCCUGCUGGUAUUGAACCACAGAGUAACUACACACCCGAAACACCCCCACCCGGAUACCUGAGUGAGGAUGGCGAGACAGGCAAUACCCAGCUCAACCACAGCAUGGAUACAGGUUCACCCAGCCUGUCACCCAAUCCUGUGUCGCCCACAAAUAAUAAUCUUGACUUACAACCCGUGACGUACUGCGAGUCUGCCUUCUGGUGUUCCAUCUCAUACUACGAGCUCAACCAGCGUGUUGGAGAAACCUUCCACGCCUCCCAGCCCUCUCUCACAGUCGAUGGCUUCACUGACCCCUCCAACUCGGAACGCUUUUGUCUGGGCCUGCUGUCCAACGUCAAUCGCAAUUCUGCAGUGGAGCUCACGCGUAGACAUAUAGGAAAGGGCGUCAGGUUGUACUACAUUGGUGGAGAAGUGUUUGCAGAGUGUCUCAGUGACAGCGCCAUCUUUGUCCAGAGUCCGAACUGCAACCAGCGCUAUGGAUGGCAUCCUGCUACUGUCUGCAAGAUCCCUCCAGGUUGCAACUUAAAGAUCUUCAACAACCAGGAAUUUGCUGGUCUUCUCACCCAGUCGGUCAACCAGGGCUUUGAGGCAGUUUACCAGCUGACCAGAAUGUGCACCAUUCGCAUGAGUUUUGUCAAAGGAUGGGGAGCUGAGUACAGACGUCAGACAGUGACCAGCACCCCCUGCUGGAUAGAGCUGCAUCUCAACGGUCCUUUACAGUGGCUGGACAAGGUUCUCACACAGAUGGGUUCCCCCAGCAUCCACUGCUCGAGUGUGUCUUAAAGGCAGCCUCCUCCAGGUCACACGCUCAGGCUCUCACUUGAAGUGACAUGACACUACAGCAGUAUUCAGAUCAACCUCACACACUUUGCUUCUGCACGCUAGUGUCUUCAUGUGAAGCCGCGCGGUAUUUUCUGCAGGUUUCACAUACAAUACACCGUCUGUUUCUUCAUAAACAACACGUUGUUCAUGGUGAGGACCUCGACUUUGAACUUAGUUCUUACAUUUUCAUUAAUUUCUCAGGAAAUACUUCACCCUAAUACAAACAUCAAGCUUAUUUGUAAAACGUUUUGGAAAUACAUCCAAAUCCUCUGAAUCUAUCUCUGCUCAUGUAUCGUGUUACACAACAUUUUGGAUUCUAUGAAUGAACUAUACCUUUUACUAGUGUUUAUGUCCCAGUACCACUCUUAGUAAGUCACUGAAUUUGGGAGUUUAUUGGUCAAGCAGAGGGGGAAAACAUGAUCAAUGUGAUUAAAUAUAUAUACAGUGGAAACAAGGUAUUCAGACUUCUUCAAAAUGUUCACUCUUUGUUUCAUUGCAGCUAUUUGCUCAAAUUCAAAAAGUUCAUUUUAUUUCCCAUAUUUACAGAAAAAACAGAACUUUUUGCAAAUUUAAAAAAAGAAAAACAAAUAUCACAUGGUCAGAAGUAUUCAGACGCUUUGCUCAGUAUUGAGUAGAAGCACCCUUUUGAUCUCAUACAGCCAUGAGUCUUCUGGAGAAUGACUCAAGUUUUUCACACCUGGAUUUGGGGAUCCGCUGCCAUUCUUUCUUGCGGACCCUCUCCAGUUCUGUCAGGUUGGAUGGUGAACGUUGGCGGACAGCCAUUUUCAGGUCUCUCCAGAGAUGCUCAAUUGGGUUUAGGUCAUGGUUCUGGCUGGGCCAGUCAAGAAUGGUCACAUAGUUAUUCCGUAGUCACUCUUGUUAUUUUAGCUGUAUGCUUAGGGUCAUUGUCUUGUUGGAAGGUGAACGUUCGGCCCAGUCUGAGGUCCUAAGCACUCUGGAAGAAGUUUUUUUUCCCCAGGAUUUCUCUGCACUUGGCCGCAUUCAUCUUUCCUUCAAUUGCCCUGUCCCUGCAGCUGAACUACACCCCCAUAGCAUGAUGCUGCCACCACCAUGUUUCACAUUUGGGAUUGUAUUGGGCAGGUGAUGAGCAGUGCCUAGUUUUCUCCACACAUACCACUUAGAGUUAACACCCAACAUUUAAUCUUGGUCUCAUCAGGCCAGAGAAUCUUAUUUCUCAGUCUGGGAGUCCUUCAUGUAUUUUUUUGGCAAACUAUGCAGGCUUUCAUGUCUUGCACUGGGGAGAGGCUUCCGUCAGGCCACUCUGCCACAGAGUCACUUUCUCCCAUCUCCCUACUGCAUCUCUAGGAAGAGUUGUGGUCAUCCCAAAUAUUAUCUAUUUGAGAAUUAUGGAGACCACUGUCCUCUUGGGAACCUUCAGUACUGCAGAAAUUAUUUUGUAACCAUGGCCAGAUCUGUGCCUUGCCACAAUUCUGUCUCUGAGCUCCUUGGGCAGUUCCUUCAACCUCAUGAUUCGCAUUUGCUCUGACAUGCACUGAGAGCUAUAAAGUCUUAUAUAGACAUGUGUGUGCCUUUCCUAAUCAAGUCCACUCAGUUUAUUAAACACAGCUGUGCUCAAAUGAAGGAGAAUCAGAAAAAUUGGACGCCUUGUGAGUUAAAUAUAGGUGUCACAGCAAAGGGUCUGAAUACAUAUGACCAUCUGAUAUUUCAAUUUUUUUCAAAGUUCUACAUUUCUGUUUUUUUCUGUCAAGAUGGGGUGCUGAGUGUACAUUAAUGGCAAACUUGUUUUGAUUUUGGUAAAUGGCUGAAAUGAAACAGAGUGAAGAUUUUAAAGGGGUCUAAAUACUUUCUGUACCCAUUGUAGUUUAAGUACAAGGUACUUAGCCCACAAUGAUUUCAUCAUAUUAAUGAGAGUUAGAUGAUUACUUUCUAAUUGGUGUUUUAAACAGAAGCACGAUUAUUAAUAAUCCUUGUAUGGAAAACUAUUUUGCUCAAUGAAAGAUACAUUUUAUAAGUUAUUUUUGCAUACUGUCCUGCAUAGAAGUAUAUUUUUACGAUUGCCUCAGUAUGGUUGUACAUACAUAACUAUUUAUAGCUUGUGAUUUCUUGUAGUUCUGAUUGAUUCAGAGUGACUCCGCCUGCUUUAUUGUUGUCCUUUCUUUAGUGUUUGGUUAACUGAGGUCUAACACACACUGUAGAAUAAUGGCACAUGCUACUUCUGUUACAUAGCACAUACACUGACUGACUGAUGGGCGCUACAGCAUUUUUGCUAAAACAACAAAUGUCUUAUCUCAUAGCACCAAUCUGCUCCAGGUGGGUGAAUGAUGCACUUCUUGUUUACCGUGUUGACUGUUGUGCAGCUUCCGUUGUAGUUGUGUGUAAUUUCCUUAGACAUGGUCUUUGCCAUGUUAAAAUUCAUGCACCUCCAGUACAGUCAUAAUCUAUUUAAAGCAGUAACACAGCGCAUUAGUUUUUAGAGCAUUGUAUCUUCUUAUGGUCUUGCUUAAAUGUCCUGUUUCAUGUGCGUUCUUUGUUCACGGGGUCAAAUAUUUGUUCUAAAUGGCUUGUUUUGUUCUGUCUGAUAGUAAAUAAAUGUAAAGAGACAACAUACUACUGUCUGUAUAUUUCACCAAGCACAUGCAAACCAACAGGACAUCUCCAAGCGUUUCAAAGCUUUUUUCCCUGUCAUUCACACCCCCCAGCUAUAAUUUCACUUUUGAACGGAUAAGAUACUGAUUUUUAUUUCCUGAUAUUGAAUUUUUUUUUUUUUUUAAAAGGGUCCUAAAUCUUAAAAAUCAAGUCAUUCACACAUCCAAAAGAAACGUUUUUAUGUUGACUCAACACAAUCCUCAUUAUUUGUCAGACAGUAAUUUUAAAUAAGG